AUUGGCAGCAACAUGUUGAUCAAGUCCAUAGCGCUGUGCUCGCUGCUCUUGGCUUUGGCAUUGCCUGCACUAGCCGAAGUUGGCUGGUGGCGUAGCGCACAAUUUUAUCAGAUCUAUCCACGUUCCUUUAAGGACAGCGAUGGCGAUGGCAUUGGCGAUCUCAAUGGCAUUACGCAACAGCUGGAGUAUCUGAAGGAAAUUGGCAUUACAGCCACUUGGCUUUCGCCCAUUUUCACCUCACCCAUGGCCGACUUUGGCUACGAUGUUGCUGACUUUUAUAACAUUGAUCCGCUGUUUGGCACUAUGCAGGAUUUCGACAAGUUGCUGGCACGCGCCAAGCAGCUGGACAUCAAAAUCAUAUUGGACUUUGUGCCGAAUCACUCGAGUGACGAGUGCGAUUGGUUCAAGCGCUCGGCUGCAGGCGAACCAGAGUACAAGGACUUUUAUGUUUGGCAUACGGGCAAAGUGGUCAACGGCAUUAGGCAGCCGCCCAAUAAUUGGAUAAGCGUUUUCCGUGGCUCCAUGUGGACUUGGCAUGAAGGUCGUCAGGCCUACUACCUACAUCAGUUUCUGGCCAAGCAGCCUGAUUUGAACUAUCGCAAUCCGAAGGUCAUUGAGGCUAUGAAGGAUGUGCUGCGCUUUUGGCUGCGCAAGGGCGUCUAUGGCUUUCGCAUUGAUGCAGUGCCGCAUGUGUUUGAAAUUGCUGCAGAUAAGAACGGCAACUGGCCCGAUGAGCCACGCAACGAAGCUGUCAGCGAUCCCGAGGACUACACCUAUCUGAAUCACAUUUAUACGACACACCAACCCGAAACUAUUGAUUUGGUUUAUCAGUUCCGCGAGGUAAUGGAGGAUUUGGAUCGCGAGCUGGGCGGCGACGAUCGCGUGCUGCUGACCGAGGCCUAUGCGCCACUCAAUGUGCUGAUGCAGUACUACGGCAAUGGCACGCACAACGGCUCACAGAUUCCCUUCAACUUUGAGCUGCUGGGCAACGUAAAUCGCGAGUCCAAUGCCUAUCAGUACGCGGAGCUGCUGCACAACUGGCUGGACAAUAUGCCGGCGGGCCAAGUGGCCAACUGGGUGCUGGGCAAUCAUGACAGCAGUCGCAUUGGCUCGCGCCUGGGCGCCGAUCGCAUUGAUGCCACCAAUAUGCUGCUGCUAACGCUUCCAGGCAUUUCAGUUAACUACCAGGGCGAGGAGAUUGGCAUGACAGAUGUGUGGAUUAGCUGGAAGGAUACAGUGGAUCCGCAGGCGUGUCAGUCGAAUGAGCAAGAGUUUGAGCGUCUAACGCGCGAUCCAGUGCGCACGCCGUUCCAAUGGAGUGAUGAGGCGCAGGCAGGCUUCAGCAAUGGAGCCAGCACAUGGCUGCCACUCGCCUCAGACUACAAACUGGUGAAUGUCAAACGAGAGCGUGGAAUUCCUCUGAGUCAUUUGAACAUCUAUAAACAGCUGCGCGCACUGCGAGAUGAGCCCAGCAUGCAGCAUGGCGAUGUUACUAUCAGCGCCAUUGGACCCAAUGUGCUUGCAUUCAAACGUUCGCUGUCUGGUCACAAUUCGUUUAUAACUGUUUGGAAUAUCAACGAUAAUGUGGAGGCAGUUAACCUGGACAGCGUGUUCACCUCACUUAGCUCACAGCUCAAAUAUGUUGUGGUCAAUGAUAAGAGCGUGAGACGCAAGAAUGAUCUUACCUAUGCCAACUCAUUGCUGCUGAUGCCCAAGGAGGCGGUGGUGCUCAGCACGCUCUAAUUGCUCACAAAUAUUAUAAUAUAGUAUAGUACAUAGCUCAAUGAGCUAUAAUAAACGUAUCUAAAACUUA